AGCGAGGGAGGAUUCACGGGGUGGUUGGCAGUCGCGUGCUCUCAUCGUCAGGGGGACCAGCAGGAGGCGGAUGGCGCAGGAAAUCCCUGAGACGACUUACGUGCCGGAAGUGGAAGCGAACGCGAGAAAGGAGCGGGAACGUCGAGCCGUUCAAGAGGGAACCGACUUGUGGAGACGACGGAAGGAGGAGUUGCAACGUCAAAAGCAGCAAGAACAGCGUGAACUCCAGAAAAUCGUGGAGAGUUAUUCGCCUUGGGGUAAGCCAGGAGGUGGCGCUCCUUGCGCAGCCACCCUUCGGAAGAAAAACGUCCCUCUGGAACCUUUGGAGCCAGUAAAGUGUCAGAAUUUUCGUCAGGGUUGGACAAGCGACUCUACAAUCGAAAGGUUACACGGGAGGAACGUUGAUCCUUUGGCUGUCACGAACGUGAACAGGUUCUUUGAGGAUAAGGGAGAAGCAGGUAUGCCCAGGAAUACUGCGUCGAUAGAGGAUUCGAAAAAUCGCUACAACGAAGAAAUUCAGGUGUACGAAUUGACCGGGGGCGUGGAAUUGGUGCCGCUUUUGACUAGCAGACGCUAUUACUCGCAACCACAAAGCACUCGUUACGUUGCCACCGACGCCACGCGUCCUGGAUACACGAUAGAGUCGUAUGUAACAUUGCGAGCACUGGGAGUCGGGAAUCGCGAGUACAUCGCCGAGCUCGCCGAGCAAAUGCGACGAAAACGGGAGAAGGCAGUGGAGGAGCGACGAAUGGAGGUGGAAAGCUGUCGAAGACAUUUCGACACGUGGAGGAAGUUGUGGGGUCGGCCAGGCCAUGGCGCUCCCAUGGAUCACGUCCAUCGUAACAAUCUCUACAAUAUUCUUCACCGUCCGACCAUUUAUUGAAUUUCUGUCUUCUGUACGGAUCACCGUUGUAACUUUCCACAUUAUUUUCCUUUGACGGAAGAACCUUUAUGGAAACUUUUAAGGGGAUUCUUACGAGCUACCGUGGACAAUAACAGACUCGUAACGAGGGUAUAGACGAAAACGCAGAUGAAUAUUUUUAGAGAGAACAAGAUCGUUACGAGGAAAGAUAAUUGUUUAAACGCUGCUAGAAGUACGUAACGGGUAAUGUAAUUUUGCAGAAGACACGGUGAGGUUCGUUUGCGAUCGUGUAACAUCUGGUAAUGUAGAUGAUAAUGUAGGUGAGAUUAAUUAGGGAUGAAUAUUGAAACGGAGUUCUGCGAAGGUUAGCAAGUUCUUAGAGCGCAGGUUUAAAUAGAAUCUCUGUUAUCGAAUACUCGAAAUGUUUGAUCAGUCAGUGAAGUCAAUUAGAUUCUAAAAUCUGUAUCACGAAUUAUGUACGCGAGCUAUAUUUUCAUAUACCAAAUCGUGUGUACGCGACUCCCAGGGGUGAUUGAACCCUAGAGAGCUCAGACUUUGAGCAUCGUCAAAAGAAAUGUUGCUCGUUACAAGCGGCACGACUGUUCUCGGAAACUUUAUUGGUUACUUUGGGUUGCGAGCAUCAAAGAACGGAAACCGACAGAAAGGCAGGCGGAAACAGCCAACCUCGUAAAACAGUUUGCAAUAUCGCAUGCCAUGCUAAACGGGAUCGAGCCGCUGUGCGUUUGAACGCAACGCUCGAACAUCUGGCCUCUUCCCUAAUAUUUCAAGGAAAUUCUCGAUGAAGGAUCGACUAGGAUCUUCUUAGGUCGCUAUAAAAUCGCGCAUAAAGAAACAUAUAUUUUCUUCUAGGAACAUCCCUUUAUUUUCGAUAAAUAAAAGAAGCAGAAAAUCGAGUUUGACUAUUAAGUAGAGAUGUAAAAGUUUCGAAUAUGCAUCUCGCAAAGGGAAAUCUCGUUUUCGAAGUACAAACGAACUAAUUAAAAUUCGAUUUGCAGUACACAUAGAUUGUCGAGGAUGGGAAAAAGACUGUGUCGAUAUUUUAAAGAGUGGGUACCAGAACGACCGCAUAAUACCGUAAUUGGACGUUAAUUAAUGGGCCAGUCGUAGCGCGAAGAAGCCACGAGGCUUGCCAUCUCUAAUGGACGCUGGCAAUUUAAUUUAAACGUUGUUUCCCUAGCUACGACACAGUUUGUAUUUCUAAACGGACACCUUUGUCCCGUCGCCGGCCAUAGAGAACGUUAGUUUCAUCCUUCCCAAGGCAGCCUGUGUUUUCCAUCCUCCUACCCAUCUCUAUUUUCGGAAAGCCACGGAAUCCAGGCGUUGUCGCGUAUCUCCCUGGUUACGAUCCCUUUCGUCCGAGCCGCAGCCACCGCCAACCGAAUGCUACGUUUUCUCCAUUGUCUGACUAUUGUGCCCCCGUUACCGCCGUGUGUCCGUUUCGUUUGUUUAAGAGUGAUUCAUUUUCCGCGAAAUAUCAGUUCCUGCUCUGCAUGAAUUGCAACUUGCACGGUCGCGUAAAACCACCCUCGUAACAGCCCUUCCUCCCUUCAACGCGCCCCUCCUAUCCUCUGUUCGGCUAUCCACCGCGCGCUUGUUCUCCGCUCCCUUUCUUUCUCUCUCUCUUUCGCCGUUCGUUCCGUCCGUCUCUUUUCACGGGGUCGUAUUAUCGCAAAAUUAGGUCGGUCGUUGGCUGCCACGCGAAAUGAGAUACGUGACCGGUGUCGGUGUUUGCGAAAAUUGCCCAUUGCUAUCUCGUUUUUUGCCAUCCCGCUUUAUUUUUUCUCUAUGCCUCGUACUAACGCCGACGAUGUGUGUUUAGGAAACGGAACGGUAAAAAAACGACGCCGCUUUUGGUCGGCCGGGGAUUCUUUAAUUUCCGGCUUCGCUUUCGAGAACGGUAGAAUAUCGUACAACUUUGAAUUGUAUCGGAAAUGUCUUCGGUCGUACUGUCGGAUAGUUCGGGUAGUGAUUUUUGUUUCUAAAGUUCGGAGUACAAAGGACACUCCGGACAAUAGGACAGGUAAUGAAUAAUACGAUUCUCCAAGACACACUUUUAACUUCUCGCACGAAAGUAAGAAUUUUUCACGCGAACUUUUCGAACACCGAGUAUCGGAUAAUGGGUGCUAUCAUAAUCAUUACACCAGCCGAAUUUCCCAGGCGCAACGAGCACGCGCGAAUAAUUUCGUCCCACGCAAAGAUACGUGACCCUGCAAGCGACGGAAAAAUUUCACUCGCGUCGACGAGCCCGAUGAUUUAACAGCUUGGCCCAUAACGAGCGCUUCGGUCCUACUUAAUUAGAGAUCGUGUAAUUUAUGCGACAGACGUGUUCCACGCGCUCCACCGUCGCUCCUUUCUUCCUUUGUAACGGACGCUUCCUUCCGAUUCACUUUUAUUUUGCACCGUUAAUUGUUCCACGCCCUUAAAGGAGCGCAAUAACUUUCGGUCUCGCAAACCACUUCGCCUGAACGCCACGAUUAAUUAUUCCCUCGUUGUUUCAUGCACGAGACUCAAUUACUCCUUUCAAAUAGCGGACUACCACUUGCAGAACGAACAGUCGAUGUCAUUUUGUGGCUAUGGUCAUAUCAAAUUUUAAUGAGACAAUUGUUAGCGAUAUGCACAAUACACUUGUUCAAGAGCGUAAAGAACGAUACAGGGAUCACGAGGGUGCAAGAGAUUAUCGAUAGUUCUCCGAGGUGAAACGUCGCGAAACUUUUAUUUGUAUUAGGUGCACUUUAUCGCGAUUCGAUAGGUAAUUUCUCUAAGAGCUACUGCAGCGACUUUACUCGAUGAAAAGUCGCCUUCAGGAGCCCGCAAUUGUUUGCUCGAGUAGGUACUCGGUUAGAAUCGUUGUUGCGCGUCGCGAAAUUGAUCGGUUUCCGGCCCGGUAGAACAUUCUCCGUCAAUUUUUCUGUACCGAUUUUGUUUCGAAAAAUAAAUCAGACUUUUUUCAAUAUGCGCGCUUUAAGAAUCUAUAAGGGAAAAAAAGGAAAGAUCUUCUCGCCACGAAUUGCAACGCAACAAACGUUCAGAAAGAAAAGUUUCUCUGUAAAUACGGGAAAAACCGUAGAGCUUGGAGAGCUUUUUAGAAUUUCAACAGGCAAGGAGGGAACGCGAGCUGAAAAUAAGUCGAUCGAAUCGCAAUUCCACUCUGGUACCCCUCUUUUUUUUCUCCUUUUUAUUCCUCCGACUGGCAUCGAAUCGAUCUUCGUCGUGGCGCCGAUCUCCUUCGAAAUCGCUUUUCCCAACGGUGUUCCCGUUGCUGGCGCCGAUAAUUGAUUUUACAAGUUCCAGGCGGCAAAACCUUUCACGUCUGUUUGUAAAUCGUCGGCUCGAGCCGGUGAGCGAUAGAUCGCGAAAUUCGCGAAAACUUUCGCCAGUCUGCCGGAACCGUGGCAACUUAUCGGCCAAUGUUUACUCGCCUGGUAAAAGCGUAAUAUUUGUUCGCGAUUUCAUUGUGAUUUCGCUGAUAAACGACGCGUAAACCGCUCCUUUCGAAUACGUUCAGAGAAUACCAUAAUUGGAAUUGUUCUCCAAGUUAUUUGCCUGCAGGAAAAUAUUUGCGGUUUUCCCAAUGUUUUCAACUGCUUCUAAUGUACAAAACUGUUCCGUUAACAAAUCAGCGCAAAAGGAAAACCAAGGGUUACAGGAAUUUUGUCCAAAAUUCGAGCAAGAUAGAACGCGAAGAUGAUUUGCAAUUUUUGACGAAAUGACAGGGUGGAAAUAAAUUAUCGGCUCAGACUCCUUGGCUAGGAAAAAAGGGUUCUCGCACGGUGAAUUUGAAUUUUGACACGGUCCUGAUUCUCGUCUCUGUCGCUCGUUCAUUUGUCUUCGUAACCGAAAGGUCGACUAGGAAUUUCCGCAGCAUUUUUAGUUCGCAGGGAAUUUAAGCAUGGAUCGAGGUGUCGGAAUGUCGUUCAAUUGAAUUUUGGCUAGUUUAGAGCAUUGCGUUCGCGAUCGAUCGUGUCGCAACGCGGCGUUAACUGUCACAGAUAGUUCACUGCUCCCUCUCUCGGGAAAUUCGGGCUAAAAUAAUCGAGCUAAAUCUGAACACUGAUUUUCUCUAGUUUUAUCGUUUGCACGAAAUGUAGAGAAAAAGUAGGCUUUACAUUUCCGAACGGAUGUCGAAUAAAAUUAGAACACUGUUUUGAACGCUUUGACAAAUAUUUUAUUCGAUCGAUCCAAAGAAAGGUUUUCAACUUUGUUUAUGUAGGUUAUUUCUCCAUAAUUUGAUAUUAAUUUGACGGGUGAAAAGUGGGUUAGCGUUCGGGCAAAAAUGUCAACUUCUUGAAUUAUCCCUUUUUCCUAAAUGUCAAUUCCGAAUCUUAUUCUACAAAUAAAAUUCAGUUUUCAGAGAUAAAUUAAUCGCGCGAAAUAACGUAUCGUCCCGAGAAUAACACGCAGCUACGUGUAACUUCAACAAAACCGUACGAGCGUUUUCCAUGGUGGAUGGUUAAACAAUGGGUCGCAGGGGACCGUUUCAUUCGAUGAAAUUCUCUUAAUACCAUUUUUACACUCGUCAUUCCUCGCUACAACUUCCUGUAGUAAUUUCACCUUUCGAGCUUCCUCUGCUUUAAUAAAGGAUUUUUCUCUCGCGAGAAUAAACUGUAUUCUGAGCCGUAAAAAUGAGCGUCGAAAUGUUGCAGAAUUAAUAACGAUGGUAAUUUGACUUAUUCAACUUCAGACAUUUAACUAAUCCCUACGACAAAUUUUAAAUAUUAAUAUCAUUUUCAACGUCGUGUAUUCGAAUAUCGUAGAAGAGAGCGCACAGAAAAUGCAGAAAGCAAUGAAAAGACGUCAUUAAACGCAAGAUGAUCGAGUAACCUUUGACACACCGCUCGCAGGAGUUUCAAGGUAUUUUAUUCAUCCAGCGGAUCGCUUUUGACAUCUGUCGUAAGAUAGUUCGGGAAUCUUAUUGAUCAAGUUUCAAGCGGUUACCAAAGAAAACGGAGACGGUUCAAAAUUUCAGACCCAGUGAAAAGGCUUCUCUUGUAACAUUUUAAAUUGCCAGGCUUUUUAAAACUCCUGCUGAUGUCUUAACUUUGUAAGAUAAUCGAAUAUUUAAAUUGAAACGGUGUAUCGAAGUUACACUUCCUUUGCAAAGUUCACGAAAGGAAGUUCAUAUUUCAUCGCGUAAAAUUGAGACUUCGAACCGCAAGGACUGUAUACCGUGUUUAAUGAAAGUGUACAUAUCUCGAUGUAAAAGCUUAAAGUAUUAAUAAAUUAUGUUAAACUAAA